GGAUACAUCACGAAGAUCAAUCUCUCAAAAUAAAUGAGAAUCGAAAUCGUGCAACAGCAGGUCUGUCGACAAUGCGCAUUUGAAGAUAUGUUCUGAAUCGUCGUCACUCAUUUAUCAAAUUUCUUCAAUCGAUUUCUAUAUUGAAUGCGCCUCUACUCCUAAAAUGGCAGCCUUCGAUAUAUUCUUGUCACUGGCAAUACCGAUAUUGAUUCUUACUCAUCUCUUGGUGGCGCCUUACACUAAGGUCGAAGAGUCUUUCAAUAUUCAGGCAACUCACGAUAUCCUCGUAUACGGGACGCCCACUACAGAUAUAUACCAACGGCUCUCAUCUCGAUAUGACCACUUUGACUUCCCAGGCGCUGUUCCUCGGACCUUUAUUGGCCCAGUUAUUCUGGCGGGAAUUAGCCAGCCCAUCAUCGCGCUUGUGGGAUUUCAGUAUGCGCAACUUAUCGUGAGAGGUCUUCUAGGCCUUUUUAAUGCUGGCGCAUUGUUGGUAUUCAAAGCGAACGUGGAACGAGCCUUCGGUAGGCCAACUGCGAGGUGGUAUGCGUUGCUUCAACUCGGGCAGUUUCAUAUUAUAUUCUACGCUUCUAGAACGCUGCCAAAUAUGUUUGCUUUCAGCUUGACAACACUGGCAUUUUCGCAACUCAUGGGUGAACCUGAUGAGAAGAAGAGGGUUUGGCGCUACAGGUUGGCCAUUGGGAACCUUACUAUGGCUACUGCCGUGUUUCGAUCGGAGUUGGCUAUUCUCCUCGUUACUACUACGCUUUAUGGCUUAGUCCGUUCUCAUAUAUCCUUGAGAGGGAUCAUCCCUACCUUCAUCGUCUUCUUCCUCAUGUCUUUAUGGUUAACAGUCCCGGUUGAUUCUUACUUCUGGCAGAAGCCGCUAUGGCCGGAACUAUGGGGGUUCUAUUAUAAUGCUAUCCUGGGCUCUUCAUCCGAAUGGGGAGUUUCCCCUUGGCACUACUACUUCACAUCGGCCAUCCCCAAGAUCCUCACAAACCCGUUAAGCACAGUUUUUCUUAUCCCCUAUGCACUUUGGAACGAAGGAACAAGAAAUAAGGCGCUGCCGUUGGUAAUUCCUAGUCUCCUUUUCGUAGCCAUAUACUCCUUGCAGCCGCAUAAGGAAGCCCGGUUCAUUUUUUAUAUUGCUCCACCAUUAACGGCAACGGCGGCCCUAGCCGCGAACUAUAUCUUUACAAGGCGUAGCAAAUCCGCUACUUUCUUACUUGCUUCCGUUGCGGUUGUCGGCUCGGUACUUGUUUCGUUUAGCAUUAGUGCCGCCAUGCUCCUCAUAUCCUCUCUCAAUUACCCGGGGGGCGAGGCUCUUUCGGAACUCCGGAAGCUCGUUACUUCAUCUUCCUCCCCUGACCUUCAAACAGUCACGGUUCAUACGGAUGUACUAUCAUGUAUGACGGGGGUGACAUUAUUCGGUCAACAUCCUUAUUAUCCCAAUGACUUGCGUCCCGCUAAUGAGAUAACAUUUAAUUAUGACAAGACUGAGGAUGAGAAUACUUUACGGAGCCCACCAUUCUGGGAGAAAUUUGAUUACGUACUCGCUGAAGACCCGACCAAAGUUAUCGGCUCAUGGGAGACGGUCGGAGUCGUCGAAGGGUUUGCCGGGGUUGAGUUAAUAAGGCCCAAUAAACCGUUAGGGGGCGACAUUGAAACUGGCCAAGACAAAGUAUUCGGCAGAGGUGCUUUGAUAAGGAGGGUAAGGGACACUGUUAGAGCGCUGACUGGUGGUUGGUGGGUUGGCCCGAGGAUGGAGCCGAAAAUACACAUGCUGAGGAAAAUGCGGGAGGGCAAGGCUAGACGAGCUGUAAAAGAAUAAUGACUUUCUUCUAGAUAGGCUGAAAGACAUUGUCGAUUGCCGACCAUGGCAAUUCGAGGUCCGAUAUGGCUUUACGGCCCGUAUACAUUGCCGGAAGUGAACAGUUGUGAAGUGACACCGGUGAGACCGAGGACCGCAUCGCUGGUGCGAUUAUAGACGGGGGCUUACGGAUCGCUACGACAAUAUGUAGGCUAUCUGAAUCGGACUACCUAGAUUGGUGGUGUCAUUUACAACACUAAGCUGUAUGUUUCUUGCAUCCAAUCCAACUAAUCGCCCCAGCACCAUCAGAUUCAUCAUCUCACAGCCCCCAAUCUACGAUAUCACCCAAUGUCGUCUUGCUGCAUGUCAAAUUCGAGGCGUUUGACCAGCCUUACCAAGUCGGCAGACAUAU